AUGCCUAUUAUUAUUGAAGAAGUGCCGGAAAAUGAUGAAGCUUUAAAAGGCAAGGAAGCAGUAGAGGAGGUGCCAAGGGUUUUACCGCCCGUUCUAAAGCCUCCUCCUCCAUUUUCUCAACGAUUGGCUAAGAAUGCGGAUGAUGGAAAGAUUCUCAAGUUUAUCGAGAGAUUUAAAAGGCUUUCAAUCAACAUUCCUUUGGUGGAAGCACUAGAACAAAUGCCCGGUUAUGCAAUAUUCAUGAAAGACCUUGUGAGCAAGAGGAGACAUGCUAGUUUUGAAAUGGUGGGAGUUACACAUCAUUGUAGCUCUAUUGUGACAAAAGCCUUGGUUCAAAAGAAGGAAGAUCCGGGAGCUUUCACCAUUCCUUGCACUAUUGGUAUGUACAAAUUUACCAAAGCCUUAUGUGAUCUUGGGGAAAGCAUCAACUUGAUGCCACUUGCUCUCUUUAACAAGUUUCGUUUGGGCACUCCCCGACCCACAACAAUGAGGUUGCUAAUGGUGGGUAGAACCAUGAAGAAACCGGUUGGUAUCCUUUAUGAUGUGCUUGUGAGAGUUGAUCGAUUUAUUUUUCCGGCCGACUUUGUGAUCUUGGAUUAUGAAGUUGAUUUUGAGGUUCUCAUAAUCAUGGGAAGACCUUUCUUGGCUACAGGGCAUGCUCUUGUAGAUGUGGAGAGGGAUAUGAGUGUUAUGUCAGUUAUUGAUACGAUUGAUGAAGACACGGAGACAACUGUUGAGCAUGAACAUGUGGGUGAUAUGUUGGCGGCGGUGAUAAUGAACUAUGAUGGGGAAAAUGAAGAAGAGUUCGAGGAGACGGUUAAUGCAUUGAUUGGGUUGGUCUUGAUUUAG